AUGUUCUUUAUUUUGAAAGCUCAGGCCCUCUCACUGCACGUCCGCCGCGCCGUGGAAAACACGACAGCUUCUCCGCGGUACACCUCCGAGCAGCGCCGUGAGGAGCGGGAGAAGACGAAGAAGACGCGACCCCAGGCAUCUCCGAGUCCGAGAGAGUGUCCUUCGGUGGGUGCUGAGGUGCAGUGCAUUCUUUCCACCCAUGGCUUCAUCCAGGUGACCUCUGCUGAAGCACAACACGGCUGCUAUGGGGGAGAACUAUGUGUACCAGCGGCUGCCCUUCAACAGAGCGGAGGAGGAAGAGGACGCUGA